AGCAACUCAAUAAAGCUUAUGAAGCCUUUCGACAGGCAUGCAUGGAUAGAGAUUCAGCAGUAAAAGAACUACAGCAAAAGUUUGUACAGACUCGCCUGCCUUUUACCACUUAGCUGUCCAUACUCCAAGUCAGUUCUUCUCACAGCAUUUCUUCUAGUUCACUGCAGUUUAAGACUCAGAAGCUCCUCUUUGAAGUCAGUGUGCUACAUCCAUUUAAGAACAUUGUCAAGCAAAGACAUCUGAGUAUUCCAAAUCAAUAAAGGAGACAAAGACAAAUAAGGCAGAAUAUUUUUGAUUCAAUGGAGAUACCACACUGAUUUCUUGAAGAGAAGCUUCUGAGUCCUAGAUUACAGUGAACUAGAAGGACUGAGAAACUGGCUUAGAGCAUGGGGUGGUUGUGUGAUGCUGAUAGACCAUUUGUUUUGCUAGUCUUUGGGACUGGAAGGAGUGUCAAAUACACAGAAGCCAGAGUCAUCUCGGCCAGAUGGUGUUUGAUACAGAUGGAUGCAGACUGAGAACUAUGAGCAGAGAAUACGUGAGCAACAGGAACAGCUGUCACUUCAACAAACUAUUAUUGACAAGCUAAAAUCACAGUUACUUCUUGUGAAUUCGAGUCGAGAUAACAGUUAUGGCUGUGUUCCCCUGCUUGAAGACAGUGAAGCAAGGAAGAAUAAUUUGACUCUUGAUCAGCCACAUGAUAAAAUAAAAUCACGAAUACCAAAAGAAAAAGAAUCAAAGGUAAGAAGACAAGAGGUUUCUUCUCUAAGAAAAGAAACUUCACCAAGGAGUCUUGGCAUUCCUUUAUUCCAUGAAAGAGGUUACAUAGAGAAGACUUUCCGGGAUCUGAAAGAAGAAUUUCAUAGAAUAUGCAUGCUAGCCAAAGCACAAAAAGACCACUUAAGCAAACUUAAUGUACCAGCCACUGUAACUGAGACACAGUGCUCUGUGCCUAUACAGUGUACGGAUAAAACAGAUAAACAAGAAGUGCUAUUUAAGCCUCAGGCAAAAGAUGAUAUAAAUAGAGGUGCACCAUGCAUCACAUCUGUCGCACCAAGAGGAUUGGGCCAAGAUGAGGAAGACACCUCUUUUGAAUCACUUUCUAAAUUCAAUGUCAAGUUUCCACCUACGGACAGUGACUCUACUUUCUUACAUAGCACUCCAGAAAGACCCAGUGUCCUUGGUCCUGCCUCAUGUGAGGCUCUGUGCCAGGAUAAAUUUAAUAUGGAGCCCAGAGACAACCCGGGAAACUUUGUCAAAACAGAAGAAACUUUAUUUGAAAUUCAGGGAAUUGACCCCAUAGCUUCAGCUAUACAAAACCUUAAAACAACUGACAAAACAAAACCCUCAAAUCUUGUAAAUACUUGUAUCACGACAACUCUGGAUAGAGCUCCGUGUUUGCCACCUGGAGACCAUAAUGCAUUAUAUGUAAAUACAUUCCCACUUCAGGACCCAUCUGAUGCACCUUUUCCUUCACUCAGUUCCCCAGGAAAAGCUGUCCGAGGACCACAGCAGCCCGUUUGGAAGCCCUUUCCUAAUCAAGACAGUGACUUAUCGGUACUAAGUGGCACAGGCUCAGAACUGCAUAUACCUCGAGUAUGUGAAUUCUGUCAAGCAGUUUUCCCACCAUCCAUUUCAUCCAGGGGGGAUUUCCUCCGGCAUCUUAAUUCACACUUUAAUGGGGAGACUUAAGACGCAUUUGAAAACAGACAUAUCAAGUUCUAUGCGAUGAUUCUGGGUUUGUAAUAUUAUGUACUUGAUUGCAAACUUAGCUCAAGAUCAUUUAUUGAAAAUCCAGUGUCACGGCUAUUUGAAUUUUUUUCUAAACUUAUAUUGUAACUUUCUUUUAUUACCUUUUAAAAGAUCAUUCUGUACAAAACUGUAAUUCAUUGUACUCAUGUUUACAGUGUUUAUUGCCAUAAUUCAAAAUUAUGUAUGUGACUUAUGGAAUUGUAUAACAAUAAUUUUUUUCAAAUGUCUAAGCUUAUUGCUUGGAUUUCUAGUUAGAUCUAUUGAAUUUGGUGAUGUCAAAUGUUUAUAGGGUUUUUUUCACUUGUUUUCAUUUAAAAGAUUAGAUUAUUUAUGCUGUAGGUGUUCUUUUUGAAUAAACCAAUAAUAAAUAGAGAAUAGCAGACAAGAUAAACAUCUGAGUAAAUACCAAAUGUAAGACAUUUGUUGCUCAGUGAUAAGAUCACUGGUAGGAUUAUUUAAACACUUUAUUAUUUUUUUAAAAUAAUAGACAUGGUUUUAAUUUUUACUAUACGUAUAGCAACAUGAUGAAAUUAGUUAAAUAUUAAAAGUUACUUAUGUUGUGAUAAUUAAUGUGUUCUUUGUUCUUAAAUAAAUAAAUCACAUUU